AUGGAAACCAAUUUCAUACUUUUCGCCUCUCCUUUGGCGGUGGUUCUAUGUAUUCACGGUUGCGGCGACUGCGGUUCACGUUUUUUUACCCUACGAUAUGAUGGUGCAUCCAGGCGAAAUCCUGGACCAGCUGGUACAGGAGCUGUACUGUUUGAUGAAACUGGGAACCAACGUUUUUAUACCCUCCAGUUUGAUGGUGCAUGCCGGGGAAAUCCUGGACCAGCUGGUGCAGGAGCUGUCCUGUUUGAUGAAAAUUGGAAUGUGCUGAAUCGCUUCCGCAAAGGGCUGGGCUAUCAGACAAACAAUGCUGCUGAGUAUCAUGCAUUAAUUUUAGGACUAGAACAAGCGAUAGUGAACGGAUAUAAGCACAUCAAUAUCCAAGGAGACUCCCGGCUUGUUGUCAAACAGUUUAAAGGUAAAUGGAGAAUCAACAACCCGCAUCUAAGGAGCUUAUGUGUUGAAGCUUUGGAGCUGAGGAAUAACUUUUGCUCAUAUCGCAUCAAACACAUACCUAGGGAAUUUAACACUAUAGCUGAUGCUCAAGCAAACUUGGCCGUCAAUCUCCAAGAGGGUCAAGUUGAAGCAGAUUGUUUCUAUUAAUGAUUAUCUUGAAAGCAUGCCACUUUCAAAAACUAUUGGCACUAUGUUAGAUUUCUGUCCGGCAAUUUAGCAUGUCAAAUGUUUGCAAUAUUGUCAAUUUGUACAUGCCUCGGUGAGUAGAUGUUCACCAUUAACACCGUUAGGACUUAAAAG